AUGGACAUCCCAGUCCGUCCAAUUGAUACUGUGGUGGCUAUCUAUCCAUAUACUCCUAAUCUAUUGAUAAGCAAUGAAUCCAAUCAUUCAUCACAUAAAUAUCAAAACUUGUUAACUUUGAAUCAAGGUGAUAUCAUAUAUGUAUUGCAAAAAAAUUCAAACGGUUGGUGGGAUGGUGUUAUAGUAGAUAUUUCCAAAGAUGGUUCCACAACUGGUAAAGACCUUCACAUCUCCGAAGAAUUGGUCAAUAAGACAAAAGUUAGAAGAGGCUGGUUCCCCCAUAACUUUUGUUGUUCAAAAAGGAUUUAUUAUCGAUAUUUAUCAAAUACAAAUAAUUCUUCUGGCAACAUUCAAACUCAAUCAAAACGACAAAGAAGUAUAGGAAACAUUUAUCCAUUACCACCAACUUCAGCAAUGACUUCCAGUAAAAGAGAUUCAGUUACUUCUCCAUUCUCAUCUCAAAGAAAUUCUACUUCUUCAAAUGUUAAUCUCUCAUCACAUUUAAGUAAUAACAAUAGUAUAGUUACUCCUUCAAUUUCAAAUGCACCAUCUGCAAACACAUCAAGAACUCCAUCUGCAAAUGUCUCUAGAACUCCAUCAAUACAUUCUUCUUCUUCUUCUUCUUUACUUGCAGUGCAAAAUACUACUACUUCAAAUAGCAAUAAAAAAGCAGGUAAUACUACUCCAUCUGUUUCUGUACUUUCAUUAAAUGAAUUGAAAAUUUUAUUAUUCAAAAGAAAUUUCAACACAAAAGAUAUUCAAAAAUUAAUUUGGAUUCCAUUGCCUGUUAAAAAUGAUAAAGAGAAAAUCAUUUAUUACAAUAAACUUUUGGAUUUAUAUGUAGAUACGUUACCAUUAUUAGAUUUACAAUUGAACACAACACCAAUCUUUAACAAUACACCUCCCACAAAUCCUGUGACAUUGAAUAACAUUGAACAACCAAUACCUGAUAUUUUACCUAAAAAAUCACAUUCAACAAAUUCAAUACCAUCUACGGGCAACUAUAAUACUCCUACAACUAUAAAAGAACAAGAACAUCUACAGACUCAAAAUCAAACGCAACAAUUAACUUCAUUAUCUCCAAGAUUGAUUAAUUCGUCAGCUUUAUACUCAAAUAAUAACAAUAAUAAUAAUAAUAAUAAUAAUAUUACAUCAACUCCCUUUUCAAAUAAAUAUUCCCAUUUACCAAAUGCAGUAAAACCAACAACUGCAAAUUUAAAUAACAAUAAAAACCACCUUUCUCCAUCUUUAAAUUCAAAUUCAUCUUCAUUACCCAUUACAUCAUUACAACAUUAUUCUACAAAUAGCCAAGAAUUUUAUAAUCAUCCAAAUGAUUUACAAAAUUGGUCCCAAUUAAGAGAAAUUGUUUUAAAAUAUUUAAAAUUAUCGCAUGAAUCAUUUUCUGAAAAUGAUUCUCAAAAUUUUAAUAAAUUUUUCGAUUUAACAAUUUCUUAUUGUACUUAUACACAAUUAGCAUAUCAUUUACUCAUAACUACUUCAAGGCAUCAUCAUUGUCAUAGUCAAAAUAUAAUUUCACCAAAUGUUCAACUACAUAAUGAUGACUCAAAUUCAAAUACACUUUUUGAUUUAUCAAAGUCUCAACAUCAUAUGCCAUCUUUACUUGAUUCAAAUCCAAAUAUAAAUAUAAAUUUAUCACCAAAAAAUGAUUCUAAACAAAAUUCAAAUCUUGAUACUGGCAUAAUAUCUGAUGAAAUGUCAUCGAAAAAUAAUGAUAAUCAUAAUCAUAAUCAUUUUGAUGAUGCAGAUGAUGCUAAUACAAUUGUAGAGACACCAAGAAACUCUAUUUCUAAUCAAAAUAUAAAAGAUACGAAACAACAAUUAUCAACUUCAAGAAAGCAAAGCGUUAUCCAUAAUAAUAUUAAAAUUCUCUUGAAGCAAAUCAUGGUUGUAUUAUCAAAAAUUUCGAUCAACACUUCACUAUAUUUUACAUUGGUAACAAAAAGAUUAGACUGUGCAGAUAUAAAUAGUUUUAAAGAUAUUGAACCAGAUUCGUUAGUACUGAUAAUUCAAGAAGAUUUCAAAAGUUUUAUAAAAAUUAUUAAUAUUUUACAUCAAAUAUUAAGAAACUCAAUUCAAUCUUAUUCAACUUCUUUACCACAACUAUUUCCAAGAUUUCUUAAAAAUUCAUUUAAUGGUGGAAGUUGGAAUAAUCCAUUCCACUAUUCUUAUAAUGACAAGCUAAAUGCAUCUACAUCAGAUAAUACUCAAAAUAUCUUAGUUGAAAACGAGAAUGAAGAUUUAAAUACUCAUGAAAGGCCUUUAACUUCAGAAGCUUUACUAUCACAUGUUGCUUCAAAUACUACAUCUCAUCUUCCACCAACUCCGCCUUCUAGCACUACUACUAAUACUAUAAAUCCCCUCAGAACGAGAAAUUUAAAAAGAUCUGGGGAUAGCUAUUCGGAUAUUAAGUUUCAACAGCCAAGCAGCAAUAAUAAUUCUAGUCUAAAUCCAAUGAGACCUUCUCAUUCAUCUUCUUCAUUAAGUAGUGAUAAUCCGAAUAUUUCAAACUUAGAUGCACGAAUAUCUGACACUAUCAAAGACAGGGAUAAUAAAGAUGGAAACACUACUAGUAAUUCGGUUACUACAACAAAUAGUAAAGUAAAAGAAUUAUUUCCAUUAAAUAAUGAUACUUUGCAAAUUAUUCGUAAAAGGGCUUCUCAAAUAAAUGAUAAAGUUUAUGGAGCCUAUGGUGAGCAUAUUAAUGUUAUAGACGCUCCCAAAUCAAGAAAACGAGAUUUAGAAAUUAAUUUGAAAGCAUAUGAUGAAUUUAACGCUAAUAUUUCGAUCUUGGAGGUCAUUGAAAAUCUAAACCUUUCAACAUUCAUUAAUUUGACUAAUUUGAUUAAAAAUGAUAAUCUAUGGAAUGCAAACACUAGCCAAAGGAAGCCCUCAGUAGCCACAUCGACAGCAUCUUCUUCUUCUUCUACUGCAUUUCAUUCAAAUCAAACUGGUCAAAAGAAUAGACAGAAACAAAACAAAUUAAAUUUUUCCAAUAAAAAGCAACGUAACGUAAGAUCAAGAAUACCAUUCAAACGCUUAAGUUUAGAUGAGAGGUAUAGGCAAUCAAAUAAAAAAUUGCAAGAAUUCACUGAUGCAGAUGAAUUUCUUGGUCAAGAUAUUCAAGAAGAUUACGAUAGUAGUAGUUCCAAUAAAUCCUCGGGUAGCCGUCAUCAAAUCUCAACACAAAAUUAUCACCAUCAUCAUCAUCAUCAUCAUCAUUCACAGCAUCCUCACAAUCACAAUAAGCAUCAUCAUUCUCAUAAUGACGAUAAUGUUAAUGAAAAUGAAAAUGAAAAUUUAGAAUUAGAUGAUAUGGAGGAGGAAAAUGAAAGUAAUACAGAGAAGGAUGGUUUAAAAAAUUCAAAUGAACAUAAUUUUAUAGGUGUCGAUAACAAUUAUAUUCAAAUUGAUGAUGAAACUGAAGAGUUUUUAAGACAUUCACUGAACUCGAUAUCAUCACUUUUGACCGAUUUCUUCGAUGUGAAACAAGUCUUCCAUGAUAUAGUCAUCAAAUUAAUAAUGUGUGCUCAGAACUCUACAUUAGAUGAUCCAUUUGUUUUUAAUGCAAUGAAAACAAAUAGCCCAGUCAAUUUCUAUGAGCCAUCGUAUUCUAAAUUAAAUUCUAACCGUACAAAUGAAGUUUUCGAUACUUCAGCUGUUAAUAUAUACAAAACUCUAGUCAGUCAAGAUGUUGAAAUUAAUGGUAUUAAUUUCUUAAAUACAUCCGAUGAGCUAAGGAGAGCUUGUGAAGAAUAUGCAGAGAUUUCAAACAUAGCAUGCGUUUAUGUUGAACAGUUAAUUGAAUCAAAGCAAAAUCUUCUUAACUAUGCAGCCAGAAUGAUGAAAAAUGAAUUGAUUUUACUGCUAUUAAAAGAUGAAACUGAUACUAAAUGGUACUCAAUGGAUGAUGAGCAAGAUGAAGAUCGUGAUUUCUUCCCAAACAUUAAAAGAUCUGGAGAUAUGGUACCACAUGAAGAAGAGGAAUUGAAUUAUAAGCAAUUAGAAAUGUCUCGAAAUAUGAUCAACUACAGUUUAGCAGAUGCAGAUGAGCCAUGGUAUUUGAAAAAUGACCAUGAACAUGAAUUAGUAUUUGAUAAUAAAGGAAGAAUUAAGGGUGGCUCAAGAGAAUCAUUGAUUGAAUAUUUAACAAAUCACAAGUUUUCGGACAUCAGAUUUAAUCAAAUUUUUUUGACUACUUUUCGAAGUAUGUUUACCACCAAAAAUUUCCUUUAUGCAUUAAUUUACAGAUAUAAUUUAUAUCCACCAGAAGGGUUAAGUUAUGAUGAAUAUAAUAUCUGGGUAUCACGAAAAUUAAGCCCAAUCAAAUAUUCAGUUGUAAAUAUCAUGAGAAUAUUUUUUACCAGAUAUUGGUCUUCAACUUAUUACGAUCCAUGUCUAAAUGCAAUACUAAGUUUUGCUGUCUUAGCUAAAAAUGAAGGAAUUGAAGGUUCAGCAGAGUUAUAUAAAAUAGUAAACUAUAUUGUUUCAAGUUCACAAUUCCUUGAUUCAUCCAAGGACAAUGAUGGUGAAGAUUCUAUUAGUAUCUCCAAAACAAAAUCACCUCUUCAGCAAACUUCAAAUGAUGACAACAAAACAACCAUUUCUUCAUCCUCAUCGUCCUCUAACUCUAAGAUGUCUAAAAAAUUUGAAAGUGUUGAUGCCAAUGAAAAUACUAAUAAAAAGAAUAAAGUUACUGCUAAUUUUACAAAGAAUGACCAUGACUUUUCAAAAAUGGCUACUCUAGUAAAUGCUAAUUGCAUCAAUGUUAGAGCUUCUGAUAAUAAACAUUUUGAUAUUACACCAAUAGUAUAUGCAACAGAACUGACAAUAAUGCAACAAGAAUUAUAUUUAAGAAUAGGCCCAAACGAAUGUUUGGACAGAGUUUGGGGAUCCAAAACGGUUGAUUUUGGUGGUUCUAUGAAUAUUACUCAUUUUAUUACUAGUGCUAAUAAUUUAACAAAUUUUGUAUCAUAUUCGAUUGUCAGUAAUUCCAGUGAAAAAAAAAGAGCUAAUAUGAUCCAAUAUUUUAUUAGUGUUGCUUAUCAUUGUAAAUUAUUAAAUAAUUUUUCGUCAAUGACAGCUAUUGUAUCUGCUUUAUAUUCUUCUCCAAUUUAUCGAUUAAAGAAAUCGUGGGCUCUCGUACCUGAAGAAACUAAAAACUCACUUAGAGCAUUAAACAGUUUGAUGGAUUCCAAGAGAAAUUUCAUAGUAUACCGUGAUAUGAUAAGAUCUGUGAAUGAUGUAGCAUGUGUUCCAUUUUUUGGUGUAUUUCUUUCUGAUUUGACUUUUACAGCAACUGGUAAUUCAGAUAUCUUGAAGGGAACACAAGAUACAAUCAAUUUUGGCAAGAGAGCAAGAAUUUUUGAUAUUCUUGAAAAAAUUAACACAUUUAAAAAAGUUAAAUAUAGAUUAAAGUCUGUACCUGAUGUUAAUGCCUUUAUUGAAUCAUCAUUAACAGACGUUCCCCAUAUUGAUAAGCAAUAUGAAUUAUCAUUGUCUGUUGAGCCAAGAAAUGAAACUACAAAUAUCGAAAAUGUAGCUGGUGAAAGAAAUACAGAAAAGCAUGCCUCACUAUUAAAAUUUUCAAGGAAGAAACAAUCUUCUAAACUCUUUUGGUAA